AUGUCUCUGCGGCUUGUCAGGCCCCACCUGGCCGCCUCGCUGCUGGCAGCGGGCGCAGGCAGUGCGGCAGGCGGAGCUGGAAGCGGGCCCCGCCCAGUCGGGUUCGGGGGAUACGUGGGCAGUGCGCGGGUGCAGACAGCAGCCGCGGGGGCGGCUGGAGGGGGGAGGGAGAGCGCGGAGGGCGGGGCAGACGGAGGGCGGGAGGGGCAAAGGGGGGCAGUGGAGGCUUCUGCAGGCAGCGGGCCUAAGGAGCUGGUCAUUGGGGCGGACGUGGGCGGCGAGGCAGCGGCGCAUCUGAGGCGGCUGGCGAAGAAAGACGCCACCACCAAGGUGAGUGGUAGCAGCAUGGGGAGCGGCAGGAACAACGGGAGCAGCAGGAGCAAGGCGAGCGUUGCAGACAGACAACAGGCGCUUGGGGUGGAAGCAGGCGGGUGGGCUGUGAUACUGAAGGCGGUGGAGGCGCUUCAGGGGGUGCUGGGCGGCAGCACUGCCGCCCAGAUGCAAGCCAUGCUGCCUGCUUGGGCGUUUGAGUACCGGCGGCUGGUGGUGGACAGCAGCAGGGCUGUGCGCCUCGCCACACACGCCACCAUGACCGUGCUCGUCCAGGGCAUUAAUUUUCAGUCGCUCAAACGUCAUCCUUGCCUUUUCCUCUCUCGUUCCCAUGGCAGCAAGGGCCUGGCGCCACACCUGAAGCAGUUGAUGGGGCCGUGGUGGGUGGCGCAGUUUGACUCCUCCCGUGACGUCGCUGCUGCCGCUACCGUCUCCUUCCAGGUGCGUCACAUGGCUUUCCAGCUCUUGUCUCCUCCUGCUUCCCAUCCUUCUGCCCACCCUGCUUCCCAUCCUGCUGCCCACCCUGCUUCCCAUCCUUCUGCCCACCCUGCUUCCCAUCCUUCUGCCCACCCUGCUUCCCAUCCUGCUGCCCACCCUGCUUCCCAACCUUCUGCCCACCCUGCUUCCCAUCCUUCUGCCCACCCUGCUUCCCAUCCUGCUGCCCACCCUGCUUCCCAUCCUUCUGCCCACCCUGCUUCCCAUCCUGCUGCCCACCCUGCUUCCCAUCCUUCUGCCCACCCUGCUUCCCAACCUUCUGCCCACCCUGCUUCCCAUCCUUCUGCCCACCCUGCUUCCCAUCCUUCUGCCCACCCUGCUUCCCAUCCUUCUGCCCACCCUGCUUCCCAUCCUUUUGCCCACCCUGCUGCCCACUCUGCUACCAUCCCAGCGGCCUUCCCCACGCCCACACGGCGAGUGGAGGCGCUGGCAUUCACGUGGGAGGCGGUGGUGGGCACCCUGGCGGAGCUGCUAGCAGCCACCCCGCAGUCGCUGGCGGCUGCUGACCGCUCGCUCAGCGUGGAGGAGGCCAAGCACCGCCUGGACGAGGUGAGACCCUCUGCUGGCGCUGAGGGCUUUCCUGCAGACCCGUCCCUGCUCUCCUCCCUGCGCGCCCUCUCCUUCCUCCGCGCCCUCGCCAAACACCCCUCCCCCCGCGUGCACUCCGCGGCCUUCCACGCGCUGCCAGCUGUCCUGCUCUCAUUGGGCCCGCUGGCAGCAGAAGCGAGGGGGCAGGAACAGGAGGGAGAGGGGGCGGGCAGCCAGGGGGGAGAGAAUCAAGUGGGGGGGGGAGCGGGAGGAGGAGUCGGAGGAGAGAUGGCAAAGAGGGGAGAAAUGGAGGUGAUGGGGGAAGCGGAGGUGAUAGAGAAGGUGGGGCCAGUGGUGGCAGCAGCCAUGGGGGAGAAGGUAUCCGCAUGCCAUGGCGCCAUGUGGGAGCUUGUGCUUGUGGCCUCGUGCACCUGCCCCUCCCUCUGGGCCAACCCUUCCUUUCUUAAAUCUGCUCUGCCGAAGCUCUGGGGUUUUCUCCGAGCCGGGUGCUUAGGCUCGGCAGAGCAGUCGUACCCGUGCCUGCUGCCGCUGCUUUCGGUGUUCUUCCGAGCCAGGCUGCACCAAUCACAAGGCGUGCUGGUGCCGUUCUUCUCGAACCUGUGGCAGGGACGGCUUGUCCACAUGGCGCGACCUGAUUGGCUGGCGCUGCUGACGUGUGUGAGGGAGUGUCUUGUGCUGAGCGUGGUGCAGUUGAGGCGAGAUGAGGAAAAGGCAGAAGGGAAGGAGCAGGAGGACAGAGGAGUGGCCUGA